AUGUUCGCGGACGCAGCCAGCCUCAACUUGAAUACCAACAGUCUGCCAGUGAAAAUAAAAGCCUUCAUAGACGGCCCGGGCGAGCACAGCCAGGAGAGAGCCGAGCAUCGGCUGGUCAGAAGCCAUGGCGAGACCCUGGGACAAACGUGGGCUGCAUUAGCCGUCUUCAGCAACACCAAUAGUCGCGGUGGAGGAAAGCGUAAACCGGUUCCCAUCCCUCGGCCGAACUUCGCAGACUCCAGUACGAUAGGAGACGACUCAAGUCCUGUCAAGCAAAAGGAUGAAAGCCCCAGCCCCUUCAAGUUCCCGAAGUCUGCCGGAGACCGUGUCGACCAAGAUGCUCAUCCGAAGGAUAACUCCCCGCCUGAAACUAGGACGCUGCGCCUGGUGAGCUGUGCUUUCAGGCACAUACUGUAUUACUGUCCGCCCCAAGCGGGCAAUAAUCCCAUUUGUGUUGUCGGGUUCCGGGAUGUCAGAAAUCUGUACAAAGCCCUCUUGAGUAAGGAUAUGGAAUUCGUUGCUGAAGACGAUGGAGGAUUAUCCGUCAACUUCGGUGAUGGAUUGCGCAUAAUUAGGGUGUCCCCAGUUAUUAUAGAAGCGAAGAAGCGUUUUGAGUGCAUAGAGGAUGGGAUCCCCAUAAUUUCAGACGCAUGCUUCGCUCAGGUGGCUGCUGAAGCCCUUGCAAAGCGUCUAAGCCAGGAUACAGCAGGGUCUCUGCCGGAAGCCCUACGAGAAUCCAGCAGCACGAGACCAAGCUCGGUCUACAGCAGCGCCGAGGUUUCAUCAACGGGCGACAAGACCGUGCUAGUCGGAAAAGGAAAAGAUGGCCAGGUCGAAGACAUCUUCAAGCCAUUUCCUCCCCAGGAUGGUAUCCCACACGAAGAAAACCCCCUCACGAUAAGGGCCGUCACAGUUGGGAUUCUCUUAGGCUCCCUCGUCAACGCCUCCAAUGUCUAUCUAGGCCUCAAAACAGGCUUCACCUUCGGCGCCUCCCUCUUCGGCGCAAUCUUCGGCUUCGGCAUAAUCAAAUCCCUCACCAAAGUCUUCCCCACAGGCGCCGUCUUCGGGCCCCAAGAAAACUCCAUAAUCCAAGCCUCGGCCGCCGGCGCCGGUGGCAUGACGGGCUUAUUCGUCGCCGCACUGCCCGCCAUGUAUCAGCUGGAUCUGCUAUCGAAGAGCCCGGUGGAUGAUUUCGGGAGGAUAUUGACACUGACGCUUGUGUCAACCGCUACAGCCGUCACGAUCCGCUCCAUGCACGCCGUAGGAAGCGGCGCAACCGAUGCCAUGAAGAAAAUCAAAGCCCUAGGCAUCGCCUUCGCAGCCUCCCUCACCCACCGCAUCGGCUCUUACUACGCGCCCGGUAUCCUCUACGACUGGCAUAUCUUCACGUGGUUCUACAUCUGGAGCGGGCACACCAACGGGGCCCUCGCCGUCGAAAACUGGGGCUGGAUGCUGGAGUGGACGCCGGCCUUUAUCGGAUCGGGAAUGCUCGUGGGUCUCAACGUCGGGAUUUCGUUCUUCGCGGGUUCGGUGCUGGCAUGGGGCGUCAUUGGACCGAUCCUUGUUAGGACGGGCGAGUGCGUGGGCAUCGCUACGCCGGUGGAAGGGGAUCCGCGCUGGGAUGACCUUGUGACCUUUUAUUCCAUGUCGGGAAUUGGGGAGGAGGGGUGGGUGCCUUCACCGAGGUAUUGGCUUCUUUGGCCGGGGGUGUUGAUCCUCGUUGCGUAUAGUAUGACGGAGUUUCUUGUUCACAUCAAGGUUGUGUGGCUUGGGCUCAAGUUUGCGUAUAAGAAUGGUUGCGCGCAGUUGAAUUCCGUUUUGGAGAAAAAGCGUGGGAGGCCUAGUGCUUUUCUGGAAAAGCAGAGCGCAAGGACAGCCGGGGACGAUGCAGAGCUCGUCGAAGACUUUGCUGGCCCGGAGGACCAGGUGCCGGGGUGGAUCUGGGUAACAGGCAGCGCGGCCAUGGUCGUCGUCGCAGCGGUGAUUUGCAAAGUCCAGUUUGAUAUGGGGGUUGAGCUGGCGGUUUUGGCCUGUAUUCUGGGCGUCGUGUUUGCUUUUCUGAGCAUCCACGGCGGGGCGGUGACGGAUAUCGCGCCCAUUACAGCCUCGAGCAAAGCGUCUCAGCUUGUCUUCGGUGGUGUGACGUCGGGCCAGGGCCUGACGAUCGACGGCGCCCAAAGAGCGAACCUGAUCGCGGGAGGCAUCGCGUCGGGAGCGGCUGAUGUGUCGACGACUCUCGUGUCGGAUUUUAGGGUGGGGUUCCUUCUGCGUACGCCGCCUGUGAAGCAAUUCUAUGCCCAGGCAGUUGGUACUCUCGUCGCAAUGUUCCUCGCCCCAGGCAUCUUCGUCCUCUUCAUGGCCGCCUACCCCUGCGUAAUCCACCCCUCCGACUUCCCCUCCUCCUUCAUCUGCCCCUUCUCCGCCCCCUCCGUCGGAGCCUGGCGCGCCGUAGCCGAAGCCGUCACGAACCCCAACGUCCCCAUCCCCCUCUCCUCAGCCAUCUUCGCCUGCGUUCUCGGCGGCAUCUGCGUCCUCCAAGUCCUCCUCAAACACUUCCUCCUGACGGGCCGCAGGGAAAAGUACAGGCGGUGGCUGCCGAACUGGAUGUCUAUCGGGAUCGCGUUCGUGAUCCCCUCGACGGUGUACGCGACGGCGACGCUUAUGGGGGCUGUUACGUCGCACUUUUGGAGGAAGAGGUGGGAGGGGAACUUUGCUAUGUAUUGCUUUGCGGUGGCGGCGGGGAUGUUGGCGGGGGAAGGGCUUGGGGGGGUUGUGGGUGCGGCGUUGGAGUUGGGGGGUGUUUCGGGGAGUGUGUUGGGGACGAUGGUUGGGUGUCCUGGGGAGAGGUGUUGA